GAUGCCUUUACCUCUUACCUCCCUCCAUCACCAUGCCUCCUCGCAAGAAAGUUGUUGCUGACGGUACUGCUCCUGCUUCGACACGCUCCAGUAUGCGUAUCCAGGCCAAUAGCAAAGACGACGCAGCAGUACCAGCCAAGCCUGCGUCCAAAGCCAAAACCAAACGUGCGCAUAGCCCUGUGGACGAGGAGAACGAGGAGGAUGCCCCACCUGCAAAGAAACCUGCCAGUAAAAAAGCGAAAAAGGCAAAACAGGAUGAUGAUGACGAGACUGUUGCGGAUGCUGAGCCUGAGAAGAUCGUUACGGUACUGAAAAGGGGUGCAGCUCCUGUUGAUCCCCAGUCGGGGAGAGUUCAUUCGCAUCAAGUAUAUGCAAAUGAUGAGGGUGUGUGGGACGCCAUGCUCAACCAGACUAAUAUCAGUGGUGGUUCUAACAAGAACAAGUUCUAUGUUCUCCAGUUGCUGCACCCUAUAAGCUCCAAUUCUUCCUGCGUGCUGUACACUCGUUGGGGACGCGUGGGAGAGAACGGCCAAUCCCAAUGUAAAGGUCCCUUUCCUCCUGCAACGGCCGUCCAUGAGUUCAAGAAACAAUUCAAGUCCAAAGCCGGCGUCGCCUGGGAAGCCCGAGUCGGCAUGCUUCCUAAGAGAGGGAAAUAUAUCUGGCUGGAACGCGACUUUGCUGAAGACGACGAGAAUAAAGAAGACGAGAAGGGUGGGAGUAGCAAGGUUCCUGCGGAGAAGGAAAACCAACCUAUUCCUGAUUCUGUCCUCGCGCCUCAGGUUCAAGACUUCUGCAGGCUCAUUUUCUCCACCAGCAUUAUUGACGCAACAUUGUCAUCCAUGAAUUAUGAUGCUAGGAAACUUCCUCUCGGAAAAUUGUCCAAGGCGACUAUUUUGAGUGGAUUCAAUGCUCUGAAGACACUCUCUGAGGUCCUAGGUGACCCUAGUUGUGAUGUCGUAAAGCAAAAUGGCGGUAACCAGCGUACAGCGAUUGAACAGCUAACUAGCGCCUAUUACUCUAUUAUUCCUCACGACUUUGGCCGACAGAGGCCAAUGAUUAUUGACACCAAACAAAGACUUCAAAGAGAAUUAGAAAUCGUGGAUGCUCUCGGCGACAUGGAAAUCGUGUCUAAGCUCAUCGCCUCCUCUACCAAUGCUGACAUCGAUGGGGUGCCUAUUAAUCCUCUCGACGCGCAGUUCAACUCGCUCCGUCUUUCCAAGAUGGAACCUCUCGCCAGGGAUAGCCAGGAAUUCAUAACCCUCGAGGCAUAUGCCCGGGACACACACGGUGCCACCCACAGUCAUAUUCAUGUCAAGGUGCAGCAUAUCUACAGAAUUGAAAGACCCGGAGAGCAGGAACGCUGGGAGCAAGGAGGGUUCCACGAGGUGGAAGAUGGAGAACGCUUGCUGCUGUGGCAUGGGUCGAGGACGACAAACUUUGCAGGCAUACUUUCGCAGGGACUUCGCAUUGCCCCUCCAGAGGCACCGGUAAAUGGCUAUAUGUUCGGUAAAGGUGUUUACUUUGCAGAUAUGAUGUCGAAGUCUGCUGGAUAUUGCUAUCCAGGCUUGAGUAACAGCACCGGUAUUUUACUUCUUUGUGAAGUCGCAGCGAAACCGUUCUAUGAGCGAAAUGAUGCGGAGUACAAUGCAGAUCAGACCUGCAAACAGAAUAACAAAAGGGCUACGAAAGGUUUGGGUAGAACUCAGCCGACGAAAUGGAAGGACGCUGGCAAGUCUUUGGGUUACGAUGAACUCAUCGGCUGCCAUAUGCCUGACGGAGGAGGGUCCGACGUUGCUACGGGUGGCUAUCUCCAGUAUAACGAGUACAUCGUGUACGAUGUUGCUCAGAUACGUACGAAGUAUUUGUUGAUGGUGAAGAUGUGAAGGUUGGUUAUUAACUGCUUUGAACUGUUCAAUCGGACUGGUGCAAACUUGCUUAUGAUCACGUGUUCUUGGUCAAAUUGAUUCGUUAAAUGGAUGUUCCGCACCGGUGCGCCUGUUCUAGGGUUCCGAAUCAUGUAUGCGCAUAACUACCGGCCUCUCGAGAUGUCUGCUCGCAGCAAUUGACGUUCCUAAUUACAUGACGAUAAGGUAUAAAGCGGUAGUACACCACUAGUAAAAUUCUACAACCAUG